AUGGCCUCCACAGAGCUCACUGAAGAAAUGGUGGCUGCUAAAGAGGCCGAAAAUAAUGCUCGUCGGGAAAGACUUAUGCAGCGCUCGAGCAACAUGGCAAAUAUUACGGAGCCGCCGCCUAAUUUCCCACCGGAGUGUUGCUGCAUAAAGCCUUUGAUAUAUCACAGUAUUAAGCUUCAGAUACCUGUGCACUACCAGCGUUUUAUGUACACAGUUUGUGGUUUGUACAUCUCCUUGAUCGCCCUCAUUCUCUUCAAUAUUGUGGCAGCAACAGUGUACCUAGUCUUUGGGGGUGGCUUGAUGCACUUUGGGUUUUCCUUUAUAUAUUUAGUUGGUUUGCCCGGGGCGUGGAUGGUGUGGUAUUAUAGCACUUACUUGGUCUUUGCAGAAGGCUCUACAGUUCGCCGAAUAGCCGCGAUUAUUGGAUUGCUGAUUGGUACAGUCUACGACAUAUGGAUGGCGAUUGGCCUUACUGGUUUGGGCGGAUGUGGAUGGAUCGUUGCUAUUUUGAACACUAGCAAAACAAUACCAUUUAUUUUAUUGUUAAUUGCAGCAAUCCUCUGGACUUUACACGCAGUAAUUUUUUUUUCUACUUUCCUUCGUUUUAUCAAAAUCUCUUCAAAUAUUGAAAGUGAUAGACGAAACAUAUACCGAGAUAUUUAG